AUGGGGGAUCUGAGGGGUGAGUUGGAGGUGGAAGUAGAGCUCAAGUCUCCGGCUAACAAGUUUUAUGACGUGUUCAAGGGUAAGGUGCAUCAACUGCCCAAUUGCACCCAGAGGAUUCAGGAUGUCAAGCUCCAUGAAGGCGAGUGGCACUCUCAUGGCGCCAUCAAGCAUUGGACCUAUGUCCUCCCCGACGGGAAAGUGGAGAGUAGAAAAGAAAAGUUCUAUAUAGACGAUGAGAAUGAGACGCUGAGGCUUGAGUUCUUCGAAGGAGACCCAUUGAAGGACCUCAAAGUGUACAAUGGAAUACUGAAGGUGAGUCCCAAGGGUGACAAUGGUGGAGUGGCACACUGGACCCUAGAGUACGAGCGACGCAGCCCAUCUAUCCCUCCCCCUCACCACUACCUCGACUUCGCCAUCCAUCUCACCAAAGAACUCGAUGCUACUCUCGCCAGCACUUAA